UGGGACCGGGGCUGCAGGAGGACACCAUGACCGGGAGGCUCUGGUGCAAGGCCAUUUUUGCUGGCUACAAACGUGGCCUCCGAAACCAGCGGGAGCACACUGCUCUUCUGAAAAUUGAAGGUGUUUAUGCCCGUCAGGAGACAGACUUCUACUUGGGCAAGAGGUGUGCCUAUGUAUACAAAGCUAAAAACAACACUGUAACCCCUGGUGGCAAGCCCAACAGGACACGAGUGAUCUGGGGGAAGGUGACGCGCGCCCAUGGGAACAGCGGCAUGGUUCGUGCCAAGUUCCGCUCCAACCUUCCUGCCAAGGCCAUUGGACACAGAAUCCGGGUGAUGCUGUAUCCAUCUAGGAUCUAAAUUUUUAUUGGAAAUAAAAGGAAAAUGUUUC